AUGGCACGACGAAGAAGACCACCACGCGCUGGCGCUAUUGCUGAGCUGCCACCUCUGAAGAUCUUCAGCCAGAUUCUAAUCCUUCAAGUUCUUUGGUAUGUCAUCGGUACGGCGCUGAUUCUCUUUACAGCACUGGUUGCUGGGAGACCCUUUUCUCUCGACAUGGUUUUAAGCUGGAGAAGUUUGAGGGGUGAUACAACGGUGGGGUGGAUGUUAGGAUUUGUUUGGAUGUUGAAUAGUUUCAUUGGAGUUAUCUCUCUUCUCCUCCUUGUUUCACGCUCCAAAUUAAUCCCCGAUUUCGCGCUUACCAUCCAUUUCCUGCAUCUCCUAAUUACAUCCUUCUACUCGCACUCUAUCCCUCGCAACUGGCUCUGGUGGGCCCUACAAUUUUCAUCCGCGUCCCUUAUGACCUUUCUAGGCGUAUGGAGUUGUCAGUGGAGGGAACUGCGGCCUAUAAACUUUGGUUCCAGUUCAAAUACUACCCAGAAUAUUUCGAAUACUGUUACAGACAAUACUGGUAUGGCAAGAGAUAUUAGCACAGGCAUGGAAGGAGAAGGCGCGCAGGAUACUGGGGAUGUAGAACAAGGCUAUGGAAGAGGGAAAGGGAGAGGCAGGGGAAGAGAUGGCGCAGGUGAUUAUGAGAUGGUUGGGAUGGGAAUGACGGCAGAUGAGAAUACCAACCCUGGUUGA